ACAACAAAAGAAAAUAAUGACAUAGAAUCAAAUUGCAUAUAAUUAUUGCAGACAAGUAGCUAGAGUGACAUUGUCAAAUAAUUUAUUUAAAAGACAGCAAACGGACCACAAUCAAAUCACUCUAGUCGCUACCCUCACGGAAUUCACAAGAAGUACGUUAAUCUCAAAAAACCGACAAAAUGUGUGACGAUGAAGCAUCAGCUCUGGUUGUGGACAAUGGCUCCGGUAUGUGCAAGGCUGGCUUCGCCGGUGACGAUGCGCCACGUGCUGUCUUCCCAUCGAUUGUUGGCCGCCCCAGGCAUCAAGGUGUGAUGGUGGGUAUGGGUCAAAAGGAUUCCUAUGUUGGGGAUGAGGCUCAGAGCAAACGUGGUAUUUUGACUUUGAAAUACCCCAUCGAGCACGGUAUCAUCACAAACUGGGAUGACAUGGAGAAGGUUUGGCAUCACACAUUCUACAAUGAACUUCGUGUUGCUCCAGAAGAGCAUCCAGUUCUAUUGACUGAAGCUCCUUUGAACCCAAAAGCCAAUCGCGAGAAGAUGACUCAAAUUAUGUUUGAGACAUUCAAUUCACCCGCCAUGUAUGUUGCCAUUCAGGCAGUGCUCUCAUUGUACGCUUCCGGUCGUACCACUGGUAUUGUCUUGGACUCUGGUGAUGGUGUCUCCCACACUGUACCCAUCUAUGAAGGUUAUGCCUUGCCUCAUGCUAUCCUCCGUUUGGAUUUGGCUGGUCGUGAUUUGACUGACUACUUGAUGAAGAUCCUCACCGAGAGAGGUUACUCCUUCACAACCACCGCUGAGCGGGAAAUCGUCAGAGACAUCAAGGAGAAGCUCUGCUACGUCGCUCUGGACUUUGAGCAAGAAAUGGCUACUGCUGCUGCUUCAACCUCGUUGGAGAAGUCAUACGAAUUGCCUGAUGGUCAAGUUAUUACCAUCGGCAACGAACGCUUCCGCACACCAGAAGCCCUCUUCCAGCCUUCGUUCUUGGGAAUGGAAUCGUGCGGUAUCCACGAGACUGUCUAUCAAUCCAUCAUGAAGUGCGAUGUGGACAUCAGGAAGGACUUGUACGCCAACAAUGUUCUCUCCGGCGGUACCACCAUGUAUCCAGGUAUUGCUGAUCGUAUGCAAAAGGAAAUCACUGCCUUGGCCCCAUCAACCAUCAAGAUCAAGAUCAUUGCACCACCAGAACGUAAAUACUCCGUCUGGAUCGGUGGUUCCAUCUUGGCAUCUUUGUCCACCUUCCAACAGAUGUGGAUUUCCAAGCAGGAAUACGAUGAAUCCGGCCCAGGAAUCGUCCAUCGUAAAUGCUUCUAAGCUUCAGCUCCUUUACACCAUAGCUUUCUUAGCAGCUUUAUGCAAGGAAAAUAAGACCAUCCUAAGCUGCGCGAGUCUGUUGUUUGUGCUCGACAUCGACAAAAACAAGCAAAAUUUCUAAUUUAAAAAAGACAACGAAAACAGGAACCAACAUUUUUACAAUGGAACAUUUAUAUAAACAUCAUCACGCGAAUCACUCCUUCUAUCUUUUUGUUUGUUUUUUUAUUUCCUAGGCUAACAGUUGUGUAUCUAAAAAACCAAAAAACAUGUUCGUUUAGUAUUCUUCUUUAUUUUGUUUGAGCGAAAAUUAUAUUUGUGGGUCAAUAAAAUUUAUCAAAAAAGGAAAAAGCCAUAAGAA